AUGACAUUCAAAGAUAUACCUGAGGCUAGAAAAGUGAUAAAUUUGUAUUGCUUAGCAAACUGUUAUGGUUUAAAACAACUCAAGAGUGAUAGCAGAAGACUGAGGUACAAGUGUGACGUUGGCUGCCCCUUUUUCUGUCUAAUUUCUGAGGAUAAGAAUGGUGGUGGGGUUAAGAUCAAAACUCUUAAGUCAAAACACAAGUGUAACCCUGCAUAUGACAACCCUAGGAUAGACAAAAAUACUAUAGCAGAAUAUUUUAAGAACAAGCUGCAGGAGAAUCCUAUGAUCAAAGUUAAGGAGAUGCAAAUGACCUUAAAAAAUACUUUCAACAUCAAUGUUAGCCAUGCAAAGUGUAAGAGGGCCAAGAGAAUGAUACUUGAAUCCCUUGCUGGUAGUUUUACUGAUGAGUAUAAUAAGAUAGAGGCAUAUGCUAAUGAAUUGAGGCUGAGUAAUCCAGGGAGUGAUGUAAUAGUUACCUUGUCAAAGGAUGCACUUGCUGGAGGAAAAAGAAGAUUUUCUAGGAUGUAUAUUUGUUUUCAUGCUCUAAAAAUGGGGUUUAAAAGUGGGUUGAGAUCCUUUAUUGGCUUGGAUGGAACUUUCUUGAAAGGAAAGGCCAAAGGUCAGCUUUUAGUUGUUGUUGCUCUUGAUUCAAUGAAUCAUUUUUAUCCUAUAUCUUGGGCUGUUGUGGAUAAAGAAACAAAGGUCACCUGGACCUGGUUCUUGACAUUGUUGAACAAUUCAUUAGAACUCAAGCUAGGGGAAGGAUACACAUUCAUGUCAGACAUGCAGAAGCGCUUGAUUGAGGCAAUUCAGGCAGUAGUUCCUGAUGCACACCACAGAUAUUGUGUGAGGCACACAGAGGCUAACUGGUGUAAUAUGGGGUGCUGGGGAUUUGAAGAAAAAGUACCUGUGGUGGUGUGCAUGGAAGCAUACUUUGACACAGUAUGCAAGAACCAACAAGUGGACAAUAACAUAACAGAAAUCUUCAACUCAUGGAUACUGGAUGCUAGGCACAAGCCAAUUAUCAGAAUGCUUGAAGACAUAAGAGUUAAGGUGAUGACUAUGUUGAGAAAGCAUGAAGGUGAAGUGAUGACUUGGACUGAAAAUGAACUUUUGAAAAAGCAUAGAGUGAACAUCAACCUGAAAAAAUGCACUUGCAGAACAUGGGACCUCACUGGGAUCCCAUGUCCUCAUGCUAUUAGAGCAUUACUAUACGAAAAAGUGAACCCUUUGUCUGAGAUUCAUUGGUGGUUCACCAAGGAGGUUUAUCUCUCCACUUAUGCACAUAAGUUAGAACCAAUUAGAGGAGAGAAGUUCUGGAAUAUAGAGCCAGCUCAUGUAAUGGAGCCAUCCCUGCUAGUGAAUAUGGCUGGUAGGCCUAAAGUGAACAGGACUAGAGAAAAGAAUGAGACAAUAAAUAGGCAAGGGGAGUGGUCUCAAUCCAGAAAAGGAAGGGUGAUGACUUGUUCCACAUGUGGAAAGCCUGGGCAUAAUGCUAAGGGAUCAAAGCAAGGGAAAGCAGCCACAGCUGGUAAGAAAACAAAAAAGAGGUUGAGGACAUUGGUUGAUGAAAAUGAUGAGGACACCAUGGACAGAUCUCCAGCAGUUGAAGGGCUAUCCUUAGAAGAAGAGCUGCAACUAACAGCACCACAAGUCAGUCAAGCCAGCAGCAAUUCUGGACCUCAUUACAUGUUUAUGCCAACACCAUCCAUGUCUAGGAAGCAAUCCAUCAGUAAUGCAGAAGCAGAUUUUGACUAUCCAGAAGCAGACAAUCCAGACCCACCUAUAUUGCCAAGGCGUGUGUGA